CACUAAAAGUCCAAUGAACACUACCAAAGCUGGAACACUACCAUUGCAUAAAAUUGGAACACUACCAUUGCAAACAUACCAAUGAACACUACCAUUCCACACCAAGCUAUACAUGUGAGAAGAUAAGUACCAAAACAAUAGAUCAAUGCAUCAAAUCUCGCCAAUAGCCGACUCAGAAUCCGGAGGAGGUGAAAUUUGUUAGUGUUGUGGUAUAUGAUCCACGAUUGAACCUCUCCCAACAACUCGAGUUAUUGGGAUCAACUGGUUCAUGACAUGGUAUCAAAGUCUUCUGUGACCGAGAGGUCUUGUGUUCGAUUCCCGGUGACCCCCAUUUGUUAAACACAUGGUAUUCUUGUCUUCAGACCUGUGCAAACUUCAAGCCCUUUUGAGUGGCUUUCGUUUGAGGGGGCGUGUUAGUGUUGUGGUAUAUGAUCCACGAUUGAACCUCUCCCAACAACUCGAGUUAUUGGGAUCAACUGGUUCAUGACAAAAUCAACCUCGCGAGUGCACCGUCUUCACCAUACAGAGAAACAAACCGUCGCCGUCGCGGGAAACGAUACAGAGCCGUCGAACCCCUCGCCGAUUCACCAUCAGAGAAACAAACAGUCGCCGACCCGGAGAGAAAGACAGUGGCGCUGUCGGCUGCACGUGGUCGUCGUCGACUGCAUGGAGUCAUCAUUGUGGGCUGCACAGAGUCAUCGUCGUCGGAUGCACGAAGUUGGUGGCGGCGGCGGCUACACGGAGUCGGAGGCGGCGGCGGCGGCUGCACGAAGUCGAUCAGCGGAGCUAUGCAUAAUCAUCCUUCCUCCCGACCUCGAUGGAAGCUUGCGGCGGGUUUGAUUGGAGGGAGGAUAGAAGUAGGAUUUGGCUAGAAUAUAUAUAAUAAUCUGGUGUUGUCUCUUUUUUGUUUCCGAAAUUACCCUGGAACAAUCUUAACCGUGAGAUUUAAAAAAAAAUGGUGGAUACGGAUGUAGCCAUGGAUUGGUGGCUACUAGAAUUUUAGUUACCACCCUAACGCAUUCCGGAGAGAGAGCUAAUUGGGAGAGAAAAUUUUAAUAUGUAUAUGUAACUUUACAAAUUUUAUUUUAAUAAAAAGGUAAUUAAUAA